AUGAAAGUUCUAGAAAGGAGAGAUGCAUUUUUAAGUGAUUAUGAAGUAUUACAGUUCUUAACCAAAUUAGAGUAUCAACAUGGUUGGGAUGACGAUACACAAGCACAAUUACAACAAAACAGAAGGAAGAAGAUCAAGACGAAGAGACCCUACAAUAAUAUUACAUUGCAACGGAUCGCAAGAGACACGAUAUCGUAUUUACGUGUGAACAAAAGUUAUGUACCACAAGAGGACGAGGAUGAAACUACAAAGAAUGAGAACAUGAUUUCUCCUAUACAUAAGCUUAACGAUGCUCAAUUUAGUGAGUUGAUGGUUACAUUAAACAAAUUUGAGUUAUUUAAGAUUGAAAAAUUACAAAUAGUUAACCAGAUGCCUCGUAAUUUGGUACACUUAUAUUCUAUUAUAGAGGAAUGUGAUUCAAGAUUCACAGAGGAUCAAAUCACCGAAAUAAUCGGAAUCAUCGAGGCUCAUUCAUGA